UUUCCCACCUGUCAGUCAGUUUUCAUGUAUUAUGGCCACGCGUCUUCGACCGAGCAGUAAACGGUGUGCAGUGAUCGGAGGCUCUGGUUUCCUGGGCAGACAUCUGGUGGAGAAGCUGCAGGAUCGAGGUUAUUCCGUCUCUGUGUUUGACAUCCGGCAGAGCUACGAGCUGCCAGGCGUCUCCUUCCACCAGGGAGACCUCUGCGACAAACAGGCUCUGCUGUCAGCUCUGAAGGAUGUAUCUCUGGUUUUCCACUGCGCCUCUCCAGCCCCAGGGAGCGACGAUCGCGCUCUGUUUGAGAGGGUCAACAUUCAGGGCACGAAGACGGUCAUCGAGGCUUGCAUUCAGGCUGGAGUACAGAAACUGGUCUUGACGAGCAGUGCCAGCGUGGUGUUCGAAGGGACGGACAUUAAGAAUGGAAGAGAGGACCUGCCCUAUGCCAAAAAGCCCAUCGACUACUACACACAGACCAAAAUUCAGCAGGAGAAGUUGGUCCUCGGAGCGUGUGACAAGCAGAAAGGUUUCCUCACAGUCGCCAUUCGACCUCAUGGCAUCUUUGGCCCUCGGGAUCCACAGCUGGUUCCCAUCAUGGUGGACGCCGCUCGAAAGGGGAAGAUGAAGUUCAUCAUCGGUGACGGGACCAAUCUGGUAGAUUUCACAUUUGUGGAAAAUGUUGUCCAUGGACACAUCCUGGCUGCUGAGUGCCUGAGACCAGACUCUCCCAUCUGUGGCAAAUCGUAUCACAUCACCAACGACGAGCCAAUUUGCUUCUGGGACUUCAUGUGUGAGAUGCUGGUGGGUCUGGGUUAUGCCGCUCCACGUUUCCACCUCCCGUACUGGCUCGUGUACGGUCUGGCCCUGCUCCUCUGGCUGCUCACCUGGAUCCUGCGCCCUUUUGUGUCGCUCAAACCAACUUUUACACCCAUGAGAGUGGCUUUGGCUGGAACCCAUCACUAUUACAGCUGCAAACGCGCCAAAGAGGACCUGGGCUACAAACCGGUGGUCAGUCUGAAGGAGGGGAUAGCACGCACCGUGCAGAGUUACCCUCAUCUCAGACACAAUGGUACAAAUUGA